CGCGUUGGUCAGGUCGCCAAGAUGGCGUCCUCCGCCUCCUCUCGGACCCCGGCGGGGAAGCGGGUGGUGAAUCAGGAAGAACUGCGGCGGUUGAUGAAAGAGAAGCAGCGUCUGAGCGCCAACCGGAAACGGAUAGAAUCUCCAUUCGCGAAGUACAAUCGUUUGGGGCAACUAAGUUGUGCCCUGUGUAACACUCCGGUUAAGAGCGAGCUCCUGUGGCAGACUCACGUCCUGGGAAAGCAGCACCGAGAGAAAGUGGCCGAGCUGAAAGGCGCGAAAGAAGCCAGCCAAGGUCCGUCCGCCAGCUCAGCGCCCCAGACUGCCAAGAGGAAGGCGUCAGAGGCAGAUGUCCAAGAUUCCAAGAGAGCGAAGGCCUGCUCGGUUGCUCAGGUACAGCCCUCCACGUCCGCUUUGCCCACCAACUUUGACAAAACCGUAAAGGAGUCCACUAGAGCGACCUCCAGUAAGCCUUCGGGACUCGGUUUACUCCCCGAUUAUGAGGAUGAGGACGAGGAGGAGAACGAGGAGGAGGAGGGAGGAGAACGAAAAAGGGGGGACGCCAGCAAGCAGCCACUCGGUGCGCAAGGCAAAGACCAUUCACUUUCCGUCUCGCGGGAGGUAACAAAUAGUGUGCUGCCAAACGACUUCUUUGGUACAAAUCCUCCCAAAGCCCCCUUAAUUCCUCAUUCAGGAUCAAUUGAAAAAGCAGAAAUACAUGAAAAAGUAGUGCAGAGGAGAGAAAACACCGCAGAAGCAUUACCGGAAGGAUUUUUUGACGACCCUGAGGUUGAUGCGAGGGUACGAAAGGUUGAUGCCCCGAAGGAUCAGAUGGACAAAGAAUGGGACGAAUUUCAAAAAGCCAUGAGGCAGGUCAACACUAUUUCUGAAGCCAUAGUUGCUGAAGAGGAUGAAGAGGGACGGUUGGACCGCCAGAUUGGGGAGAUCGAUGAGCAGAUAGAGUGUUACCGUCGGGUGGAAAAGCUGUGGAAUCGCCAGGAUGAAAUAAAUAAGCUUAAAGAGAUUCUGACCAUUAAAGAACUGCAGAAAAAGGAAGAGGAGAAUGCUGACAGCGAUGAUGAGGGAGAACUACAAGAUUUGUUGUCUCAGGAUUGGAGGGUGAAAGGGGCUUUGUUAUAAUGUUUUAAAGACCCCAAAUUGGGGGUUUAACAGCUUCUGGUAUUGUAAAACGAAGUGUUGUUUUUCAGUAUAUUGGUUAUUUCAUGCCUAACGAUUUGGAUAUCUAAAUUGGAUUGUUGAGAUAAAAUGAGUCAGGGAGCCACAGCACUUUGGAAAAUUGGUGUAAAAUAUUUUUGAGGUAAAGGUUUUUCUAGAAAUUUUUGAAGUGUUACAUGCAAAAUGCCAACUUUUCCACCCAUUAACAUGCUUAACUGUAUAUUUUUGAGUUGU